CGUGCAGGUGUUGCAUUACGUCAGCAAGCCACAGUCACACCAUCUGAGGUCAGAGGCUCCGCCCACUCGCAUUUGCAUACAGGAAAAAGCAGCAGCGGCUAUUGGAACACGACCGCAGACCAGAACUCUGUCUUCAGCUCCGCCCACUCAUUUGCAUACAGUGGGAAGGGAGCAACUCCCAUUGGAGAAACUGCAGACCAGAGCUGAGUUCUAGCUCCGCCCCUCUCAUUUGCAUACAGAGGAAGGCAGCAGUUACCACUGGAACGCGGCCGCAGACCAGACCUGUGUUUUUUAGACUCGCUGAGCCUCUAGACUUUAUUUAUUGCUUUUGGCCGAGCAUCAGACUCCAGCGUUAUGGCUUGAGGCCAGUUUUGUACACUUGUUGUUUUUUUGAGGAUGAACAGGUCGUUGAGUUUACGAUUAUCUCGCAGGCAUGGAAAUAAUCUCUACAGCUAUGCGGCGGAUGCCGGGACGAUCCCCGUGAAGGUGAAGAAGGGGAGGACGAAAAGCAAGCUGGGGAGCAGGAAGGGGUUUAGUUUGGAGGAGAAUCAGCUGGAGGUUCAGCAGCAGACCAAGAGCCUGAGCCGGCAGGUCCUGCACAGGUCUCACACUCUUGAUAUCGACAGACCUCUGGAGAGAAGCGAAAGCCUCAACUCAAGAAGUAGUUUUAUGAAGCACAACAAAACUUUCCACAAACUCUUCCCAGAAGUCCCCGAGACUGAAGACCUGCUGCAUGCUUACGUGUGUGCGCUGCAGAAGGAAGUGCCUUAUCACGGCCGUCUGUACGUCACCGACAGCAGCCUGUGCUUCUUCUCCUCCGUGCUGCUCAAAGACACCAAGCUGGUCGUUCCCGUCGCCAGUGUGAGCGUCCUGAAGAAGCAGAACACAGCGCUGCUCGUGCCAAACGCUGUUUCCAUCCGAACCACAGACGGAGAGAAGUAUUUGUUCGUGUCUCUGCGUAACAGAGAAGGCUGCUAUAAGCUGCUGCGAUCCGUCUGUCCUCAGCUGGAGGACGGAAGUGCCAACAGCAGCCCUCUCUUCUCAUCGGCCGAGAACAGCUUCGAUCAGGCCAAACCGCUGCAGAACUCCAGUCACUCCAGUCUGGACGAGCGGGACGAAGUGUCUCCUCAGAUCCAGCUCUCUGCGUCUCCACUUGCUUCAGAAAACACUGCGAUCAAAAGUGCGUCAGCGACUCGCGGCUCACCGCAGACGGCAGACGAGAGCUCGGGUGACGAAGACACCGGAAGUUCGUGGGUCUGGAGCGUGACGGAUAGAGCGCGAUCUCUGCUCAUCCAAAGAGAAGUCAGCAACCUCAACACUCUGCUGCUCAUCUACCUGAUCCUGGUGUUUCUGCUCUUGUUGUCGUCUGGCUAUAUCGGCCUGCGUAUCGUGGCCUUAGAAGAGCAGCUGAUGUCUCUCGGAGCCCUUCCCGAAUUCACCCUACAAAGCGGGUACAAAGAAACGUAAGAGAUCUCAUCCGUCUGAACUUUGGAAAGAACCACCAAAAACCGUUUUUAAAGAUCCACUAGCUGCCGCAGGGAAUGCUGGGAAAGGACCUUUAUUUGCACAUGCGCCAGCUACUAAAACUCUGUGCGUCUUUGCCAAGGAAACAACCAAAGGGCACGCAUUACGGGACGCUGGUGUUGACGAAACGCGGGCGGUUUGUGUUAGCGCUGCAGCAACUCACCCAAAAACAACUAAAGACAACAGGUUUGUCUCUGAAGACUGUCAAAGACAACAAAAACAAACUACUUCCGUGGAAAAGCAUUUCAUCGGUUAUUGCUCAUUGAAGCGCCUUCGUUUGACCACAUUUACAACCAUCCAAAAAUUACGCAAAGAACUUAUUUUUUCUUCGUAAGUUUUAAGUUUCCUUCCGUCUUUUUCGUCAGUCUUUCGGUUUUAUUCUUCCUCUUACAUUUUUUUUUUUCGUAUAAGGGGUUGCGAUAUUACUGGUUUCAGUUUAACGAUAAAAAAGAGCUAAGCUAGCUAACCAACGCUCACUCAUUGUAGCG